AGAAAAGAAAGGUAAGCAAUGUGCACCAUCUUCAACGAUCCUCCAACACUUAUCCAAGACCUCAACAUCACUGUCAAAGACGUUUCCCUUGUAUUUCCACCCGAAAAAUCCCACAGAAAAUCCAUGUUCUUAUCAAACAUAGACAGAGUGCUCAAUUUCCCAGUCGAAACCGUCCAUUUCUUCCCCUCCCACAGUGACCUCCCGCCCCACGCGGUGGCCGACAUGCUGAAACGCACGUUGUCCGAGUUACUCGUGCCAUACGACUUCCUGGCCGGAAGGUUGAGGUCGAACCCCGAGACGGGUCGACUAGAGAUCGACUGUAACUCGGCCGGAAUCGGUUUCGCGGUGGCUUCAAGUGAUUACGCGUUGGACGAUAUCGGAGACUUGGUUUACCCUAAUCCAGCAUUUGGCCAACUGGUUUGUAAGAGCGUGGAUUGCUUGGAGCAAGAGAAUCAACCACUUUGUAUUGUCCAGGUGACAUCAUUUAAAUGUGGUGGCUUUGCAAUGGGCCUAAUUACUAGCCAUGUGACUUUUGAUGGAUUAAGCUUCAAAAUCUUCUUAGACAACCUGGCUGCCUUGGCUGCCGGCAAACCCCUCGCUGUGACCCCAUGCAAUGACCGCCAACUCCUCGCCGCUCGAUCUCCGCCGUGUGUCAGCUUUCCCCACCUCGAGUUGGCCAAGUUCCAUGACUCAAACCCUCCCGUCAUUGAUCCCUCUUCCGAAGCUCUAGACUUCAAAGUUUUCCGGCUCACCUCCGAUGACAUAACCAACUUAAAGGAGAAGGCCAAACCCUCUGGCGGAGCACACGGCGACGCAAGGAUCACCGGGUUCAAUGUGGUGACGGCGCUUAUAUGGCAUUGCAAAGCCUUAUCAUGGGACAAACCGGACCCUGGUAGGGUUUCCACGUUGCUAUACGCUGUUAACAUAAGACCUAGGCUAAUCCCACCAUUGCCGAGAUCGUACACCGGGAAUGCGGUGUUAACCGCUUACGCGAGGGCCAAGUGCAAGGAUAUAGAAGAAGCCCCGUUUGCAAAAUUGGUAGAGCUGGUGACAGAGGGUGCGAACCGAAUGACGGACGAGUACGCGAGGUCAGCGAUAGACUGGGGGGAGAUUUACCAAGGUUUCCCGGACGGGGAGUUUCUGGUGUCUUCAUGGUGGAAACUAGGGUUUGACGAGGUGGAUUAUCCAUGGGGGAGGCCAAGGUAUAGUUGCCCUGUGGUGUUCCAAAGGAAGGACAUUAUAUUGUUAUUCCCUGAUAUUGAUGACAACAAUGGUGUCAAUGUCUUGGUGUCGCUACCCAGCAAGGAAAUGAGCAAGUUUGAGAACCUCUUUCGCAAGUACUUGCCUUGAUAAUAAAACAUAAACAUCUCACCAAUAGGUGCCUUGUAAUAAUGAAU